GUCACGUCACAUCGGCUCCACCAUGUUGUAGGAAAUCCACCGCUGCUCCUCACUCACUGUCAGAUUACAGUUUAAUCCGAGGAGGAGGAGGAGGAGGAUACGCUGUCAAGACGCCGUCUGCAUCUUGGAAAGCCUCUCGGUGUUUCUGCAUACUAAAUAAACGCGACUUUACGUACUAGUGUCAGUUUCUACAAUAAACGGCCUGCAUGUAGAAGAUGAAGCGCCAGUCUUCCGUUGCUGUCUUUGCCUGUCCGCCGACUUGCCAAUACGUUAAGAUGUUAGCUGGCUAACUAGCUGGAAAAGAGUAACUAAAUCGGAUUAGCUGCUAGCGGCAGCCUCCCUCUAGGUAACACCCAGGUAUUAUUCGCUGCACUUGUCAACUAUUACACAGCAAACCGUCGUCUCUGUUUUUUUUUUUUUUUUUUUAAUGUUUAUUACAAUUCUACAUUUGUGUCAACAUUACUACUUAACGUUAGUGCUGUAAUUAUUCGCUAGAAUAAAUGUUGCUGCGAGCUAACGUUAGCUAGGCUGUUAGCCACUCAAGCCACAACAAGAGCUGGAGCUCCUUCGCUAGCUAAUCUUCACUGUUUGUUGGAGAAGACAUCAAAUUAGUCCCUCCGACCUCAACCGAAAGUCAGGACGGAGCUGACGGCCACGCUGAUGUGCUUGUGCUAGCUUGUCUUCGGGCUAGCUGGCAAGAGGGCUGUGCAAGAUUUGAUCCCCGAAUUUAGCCUUCAGACGAAGCAAAGAUGUCAGGAAAGGAUAAAGACAAAGACAAACAGGAGAAACAGUCCACAACGGAGCGGCUGAUAAAAGCUGUGCCAUACCCUCCACAGCAUAAGCUGACUGUAAAAGAGCUGUUUGAAGAUGGCAAGCCCAACGCUGAGCUGCUUCGCAACCACCUCGUCAAGGAGGGCAGGGUGGAAGAGGACGUGGCUCUAAAGAUUAUCAAUGAUGGGGCCAACAUCCUCCGCCAAGAGAAGUGCAUGCUGGAAGUGGAGGCGCCUAUAACAGUAUGUGGUGAUGUCCAUGGCCAAUUCUUUGACCUUAUGAAGUUAUUUGAAGUGGGGGGAUCACCCAGUAACACACGGUAUCUCUUCCUCGGUGACUACGUAGAUCGAGGAUACUUCAGUAUUGAGUGUGUUCUCUACCUCUGGUCACUCAAGAUCAACCACCCCACCACACUCUUCCUCCUGCGUGGGAACCACGAGUGCCGGCACCUCACAGAGUACUUCACCUUCAAACAGGAAUGUAAAAUUAAAUACUCUGAACGGGUGUAUGACGCCUGUAUGGAGGCCUUUGACUGCCUGCCCCUCGCUGCCCUGCUCAACCAACAGUUCCUGUGUGUGCAUGGCGGACUUUCACCAGAAAUCAACUGCCUAGACGACAUAAGGAAAUUAGACAGGUUUAAAGAGCCUCCAGCAUUUGGGCCAAUGUGUGACCUGAUUUGGGCUGACCCUGGUGAGGACUAUGGCAGUGAAAAGACAUCUGAACACUUCAACCAUAACUCCGUCCGAGGCUGCUCUUACUUUUUCAGUUACUCAGCCGUGUGUGACUUUUUGGUAAAUAAUAACUUGCUGUCAGUAAUAAGAGCCCAUGAAGCACAGGAUGCAGGGUAUCGGAUGUACAGAAAAAGCCAGACCACAGGCUUCCCUUCAUUAAUCACAAUCUUUUCAGCUCCAAAUUACCUAGACGUCUACAACAACAAAGCUGCUGUAUUAAAGUAUGAGAACAAUGUGAUGAACAUCCGACAGUUCAACUGCUCACCCCACCCUUACUGGUUGCCCAACUUUAUGGAUGUCUUCACAUGGUCUUUGCCUUUUGUUGGAGAGAAAGUGACGGAGAUGCUGGUGAAUGUACUGAACAUUUGCUCUGACGACGAGCUCAUGUCAGAGGGAGAUGACCUAUAUGAAGGUGGAACCUCAGCGAUGCGUAAGGAGGUCAUCCGGAACAAGAUUCGUGCUGUGGGAAAAAUGGCCCGGGUCUUCUCAGUCCUCAGGGAGGAAAGCGAGAAUGUGUUAACACUCAAAGGCUUGACCCCAACUGGAACUCUUCCUGUGGGAGUGUUGUCAGGGGGGAAGCAGACCUUACAGACUGCUACGGUUGAGGCAGCUAAAGCAAAAGCCAUUCAAGGUUUCUCUCCCACGAGGAAGAUUCGGAACUUUGAGGAGGCACGCGGGUUGGACAGGAUAAACGAGAGGAUGCCACCUCGCAAAGAUGGCCAGCAGCAAGACAGCACCACAAUCAACACCAACACCCCUAACAAGAAUGGCACUGAUGGAUAGGCAACAGAAACACCACCCUCCCAUCUUCACACAACCCACACCCCCUGACUCAUAGCCCCCAGCCACUUUCUCUCUCUUUCUCUCUUUCUGUCUCUCUCUCCAUCUGUCUCCUGUACUGAAACUGCCUGUCCAUCUUCUGCUCACCCACAAUCAGGCGGGGAAAGGAAGCGGACACAAACAAAAGAAGGCCACAUCGCUGGGAAAAAUCUUCCAGCUGCUGAAAAAAGACAAACAUAGGAUGUUAUCUGGGAAAAAAUCUAAUCUUAUUUAUUAAAGAUGAAAUAUAUUAGAUAUAUUGUGUAAUAGCAACAAAGCAUUGAAUGAAGACAUUUUGCAGUAUACACAGUAUAAAGUAUACUGUACACUGAAGUCCUAACUUAUACAUGUCAAAGUUAUUAAAAAAAAAAGAGAGAAUUUUAUAAAUUUGAGUUGAUACAGAUAGAUAAAGCCCUUGUUAUCCAGGAGUUUUAGUCACUUUAAGGUUUUUUUAUUUUAUUAUUGUUGUUCUCAAUGUGUUUGGUAAGGGGGAUUUGAAGUACAAAUACUAUAGCCUCAACAGCCUCGUUUGGAUCUUGCAAGGUUCUUGUCAAGAUAUUUUAGGCACUUGGGGUUCUACAUACAGUGCAGUGUUUGCUUAUGUGUGUCAGCUGAAGGAUAAAUUAUGUAUGUAUUGAGGCGAAUUAAAAAUAAGGGAAGUCAAUUAUAUCAGAACAAUUAUUACAGAUUAAUAUUUUCUACUUAAAGCAGGAGUUAAAUGAAGACUUAUAGUCUUAUUUAUACAUUUUCCACAAAGCUUUGAUUUUUGUUCAGUAUUUUGUUCACUUCCAGAGUAACAAUUCCUUCCUGUGUUAUUUGUGAAUGAAACGGUUCAAGUGAAGGAUUAAUGCUUUGUGUGCAAUGAUAGUUGCUGUUGCUGGCUGUUCUGUGCUGGUUAUGAUUUGUGUUCACUUGAUGGCAACUAGGCGUUCUCGCUCCGCUAAACCAAAUAAGGGACAUACAGUGCAGCAUGUCUUAUUCUGUCACCACAAUCACACCUGUGAGUACUCCCAACAUCCCGGUUGGAAGCAAUUCUUUCUUCUUCUCAAGCCCUGAAUUUGAGCCGACCUCUCCGGAGGUUGAGCACUGUGCUUGAAGACUACGGCACGGGAAACCGACUGACGCUGAAGUUUUUCUCUUCAGGUGUCACUUUGGACAAAAGGGGACAUGUUUGCUCAGAAAGCAGAGGAACUGCUGGCCAUACUGUCCUCGAAACAGACUGUUGAUGUUCAUUAUUGCUUAGGAAAUUUCAGUGUAUUUAACAGAAUUAUGGCAGUUUGAUUUGAUGUUUUAUUGUCAACACUAAGAAAUACGGGGUGUGCUUUUUGGGGGCUUUCCUUUGUUUCUAAAGCUGUGUUAGUGUCUCCAUCUACUGUUGAUUAUACAGAAUGCAGAUGUUUUUUUUUUCUUGUUUUUUUUCGAAAUUGUGAUAACCGUGCGUAUCAAAUAAGGGAAACAUUUGACAUUCAGUGAAAUGACAGCACAAAGUGCUGUACCCGGACACAAUGGACUGAGUCAUCCCCCUCAGCAGGGAUGAUACUAUUAAUGGUACCGCUGCCACACUAGCAGCUGUCUAUCAAGGCCUAACAGUACUGUAAUCAUCUCAACCAUGGCUGACUCAUAUAUACAGUAUAUUAUUUUUACAACUCCUGGUCAUACUAAGAUGAAGACCAUUAACACUUGCUGAGAUUGCUUGUGUGCGAAUGUGUUCUGCUCUCAAGUAUUCAGCUCUCUUUCUGGUCUCAGCACCUCCACUCCUCUUCACAGGCACUCCCAACCCUUUAAGACCUGCUUUUACACGACCAACUCAACUGGUGCUUCGACACACCUGACUGUAAUUCUGUCGUCUUUGUUGCUCAAGAAAGGAAGGAAGGGAGGGGGGGUAAGCUUUAACAUUUGCUAUUUUCUUGUUAAUAUACCCUUUUUUUUUCUCUUGUCUUUUUUUUAAACUAGGCGUUUGCGCUCAUGUGCCAUGCCACCUCGGCCACACAUGUCAAGAUCUGUAUGUGUGCGUGUGUGCAUGGAUGGUGAGCGGAGUCAAGCCAGGAGACUUUCAAUCACACGAUUAAAGAUUAAAUGUCGGUAAUAUUAAUCUUGAUAUCCUUAAAAUUUCCAAGAUAUUGUUGUUUGCCGUUAUGUUCAGUAGACUUCUGGGGAAACUUCCUAAACAAAGUAUUUCGGUUUACAUUCAUAACUGUGAUGUCAAAAUUUGUUUUAAAAGAUAAGGCUUUAUUGGGUGAGCCAUACAGUAUACUGACCUCCUGUUAGGUCCAAUACAUAUCUCGCAGAAUGUAAAAAAUAUUGCUCAUCAAGAAUCUUAUAAUAGCUGUAAAAAGGGGUAAAAAAAUAAAUAAAAAUCUGUACCGUACUUGUCAUGCGAGGCCAUGAAAUCUUUUAUGUAGAUGUAUCACUUGAAAGAAAAGAAUAAAAUUCAAAUACAGUGUUUUAUUUGA